UCUCUGUCUCUUUUCAUCAACCUGAUCAUCAUCCCCUAAUCAACGUCAACAUCAGUAACAUUAAUAUUACAAUUAUCAUUGCUAAGCAAUGACCUGAAGAGGGCUAAAUCUGGUAAUCAGACUAACCAUGGAUCUCUCAGCAUGUAAAACCCUGUUUCAAGUUGAUAGAGAAGAUGCAAAAUUAUUAUAUUACCUCUCUUUCAUGGUCUUGCCAUCUUGACUCCCUUUUGCCUUGGUAUUACAGUAAACAAUUGCCUUAAGGCUCAAUAUUAACGGGAAAAUCAAGUCUCUUUUUAUCGGUUACCAAUUCAAAAUGAUGAUGAGGAUGAUAAUAAAGGAGAUAGAGAGAGAGAUAGAGAGGAAAGCCGAGUAAGUCUCCAAAAUUUUACAUUCAACUGAUAACUUUCAAAUUCAUUUAUUCAUUCAUUAACCAACCAACGAGACUUUGUUUUCACUGUAACUCUGCUUUUGUGAACCUAUUUUUUUGGUGCAAUUUUCGGCUUUCUCCAAUCUUCAAUUCCAUCCAAUAUCAACUGUGAUUCACAUUUACGCUGACAAAAGACAUCAUGUCAACCAUGCUAUUUAUAUUGUCGUUUAUAAUAUGUUUUCUUAUCCCGAUGCAAGUGUCUGGUGAGACCAAGGAAACAACGGAUUUCUUGUUCUUAAGUGAUUGCCUCUAUCAACAUAAUCAUUAUCGUAAGCUCCAUGGAGUACCAAUUUUAACAUAUGAUCGUGAGGCUCUUGAUUUGGCUCGGACUAGAGCUUUGGAAAUGAGUAAGACAGUCAGUGACGAUCCUAACUCACCUUAUUCAAAUUACACACUCAAUUGGUCUUAUAUACCGGGAACUAAAUCACCAUCUUGUAAAGCAUUGGUCGCCCAAUGGUACAAAGGAGUACACUAUUACAGCUUUGCUAAAGGCUUGGUUCCAAAGAAAGUUGAACCUUUCGCAAAGUUAAUUUGGAGACGAUCAAAGAAAAUUGGAUGUGCCCAAGUAACCAAUGAUAAUGAACAAUCUCCUGGUAUUUACACUGUUUGUGUUUACACACCCAAAGCUGAUUUAAAAACUGGUUCAUUGGAAAAUAUUAGUCCAAUUUCAAAUCCAUCAAAUUAUUACAAUUUUUAUCUACUUCGUUAAUCUCGGUUAAUAUCACAAUUCUGUUGCAUUUCUUCAUUUUUUGUAUCUUCACCAUCACCAUCAUAACUACUAUUCACCAAGAUCAUCAUAAACGCCAUUCAUCGACAAAACCAUCAUCGUACUCACCAUCACUAUCACCAACCAUCACCAUCAUAAUCAUCAUCGUUUUGUUACAAAUUUUCAAUGCAAAACUCAGAGUUAAUUUAUUCCAAUUGAAAAGGUCAACAAAAUAUCUCAACAUUCCUAGCGAUGAUUAUUUUUCCACUCAAAUGUAUUUUGUUUCUCAAAUUUGACUUGUUGUGAACAUUAAGUUUGUAUUGAAUUUUACGAUAAUAAUAGUAUAAUAAUAACACAAUAAAAAUUGAUAAUCUUAUUAUU